UUGUAUGCUGGCUAAAAACUUGAACUGGCAAAUGGCAAAGUUUGAGCACCUGUCCUGUCACUGUCAACAAACUCAACGAGGACUGCGCUAGCCUCUCACUCUCUUGUUCUACUACUGGAAAGGGCAUUCGAAAAAAAGAUCGGACACAAAUGCUGAGAAAUUUGAUUCUGAAAUUCAAAGAAUCAACAAAGAUAUCGUCCAAGUUCUUUAAAAUGGCUGAAAGUCUCGCGCAAGCUGAGGAAGUCAUCGGGAAAAGACCUGCAACAGAAGACCAUGAGCCAGUCGUCCCAAAGAAAAAGAAAAAGAAGAAGGGACAACCUGUCACUCUUGGCCCUUCAGAGAAUGCUAAACGAAAGAUUGCCCUUCUUGUUUCAUACAAUGGAGCUGGCUACUAUGGUGUGCAAAUAAAUCGUGGCUUCGCUACCAUAGAGAGUGAGCUGUUUCCAGCAUUGGUGAAAAUUGGAGCAAUCCAGCCAGACCAUGCAGAGACACCUUCCAAGAUGUGGUUUCAGCGAGGCUCAAGAACAGACAAAGGUGUUUCUGCUGUGGGACAAACGUUUUCUCUCAAGGCCAAACUUGUGCCUGAUUUUGUCCAGAAAAUGAAUGAAAACUUGCCAGAGAAAAUAAGGAUCAUGGGUUACAUCCGUACUACAAACGCAUUUGAUUCCAAGAACUUUUGCUGCAGCAGAACUUACAUGUAUAUGAUGCCCACGUUUAGCUUUGCUCCUGUUGAAAAGUUCAUCACAAACGAAUACAGAACAGGGCCUGAGAUCAUAGAACGGGUGAGAGAAGUGCUAAAGAGAUUUCUCGGAACCCACAAGUUUCAUAAUUUCACUUCAGGAGUGAAAUUUUCAGAUGCGUGCGCUUCAAGGUACAUGAUAAAAUUUGAGUGUUCAGAUCCCUAUGUUCGGGACGGUGUGGAGUUUGUAACUCUUCAUGUCAAAGGGCAGAGCUUCAUGCUACAUCAGAUUCGCAAAAUGAUAGGUAUCACUAUUGCCAUAGUGCGUGGCUACUGUGGAGAAAAUGUGAUAGACAAGUGCUGGGGGCCAGUGCAGGUGGAUGUCCCCAAAGCGCCUGGGCUUGGUCUUGUUUUAGAAGAGUUACAUUUUGAUGGCUACAACAAAAAGUUUGGCUGUGACGGCAUCCACGAUCCUAUUGACUGGACUCCAUUCAGGGAGUCUCAGGAAAAGUUCAAGGAGGAGCACAUUAUUUCUGACAUUGUCGCUCAAGAGAAGGAAGACAGAGUCAUGUUCAACUGGAUGCGAACCCUACAGUUCCACAACUUUGGAGAGCCUCGCUCAGAAGGAUCUGAAAAACCGUGGGCGAAUGUGGCCAGAAUGCUGAGGGAGAAGUCGAGCCCACCUCCCACUGAACAGACGACAGACACAGCAGCUCAGGAAGACGGAGAGCCUCCGAUCGUUGGAGAUUCAGCAGCUUGCGAGGUCAAGGACUCCACCAAUUCGACAGUUCCUGAGGUUACCAUCGAUACAACAGUUUCUGAGGGUACCACCGAUGUAAUUCACAACUCCACCCCAGUGUCCCCCGUUAAGGCAGACACUGAGCCCAGAUCAGAAUCCACGAGUGACCUAUCAGCAGAAUCGGCAUCGAGAUAGUACUAGGAAAAUGACUUAAGAAUUUGCUUUCUCUUAAUACCCUGAAAUAAAAACGAGGAAUAACAUA